CCCUCCUCCAGCAGAACAGGCUCUUGUUUCGGAGCGCAGCGCAUCUCUGGGAAUUGUUGGGGUUUUUAAAACUUGUGUGAAUUGAUCGAAAUUCCUUUGAGCUUUUACGCGUGGGCGCAUAAGAACGGUUGUCGUUGUUGUUGUUUACCAGUUUUUGAAUCAUAUUCUGUCUGGCAACAGACCUGUAUCUUAUUCAAUUGUGAUUUUUGUUGUUGUACCUAAACACACUCAAGGAUCAGAAGAAGGUUUUUUUUGUGUGUGUGUGUGUGUGUGUGAAGAAAUCUUCCGGACAUUUGCUGCCUCUCCUUUUUUUCGGAUUUUACAGGGCCUCCCUCCUGCCACAUCUUCGACAGUAUGAAACAGUGCACUGCCAGAACGGAGAUGGACUUUUUGAACCAGUAUCACGAGGAAGACAACAGCAGCUCCAACAGCACCGAGUGCACUUACCAGGACUGUUCGAAGAAAGUCCCACUGGGCGGCCAAUGCCCCGACUUAGACGCGGAGAGUCAAAAAUUCCUCCCGGAGAACAACCUGGGAAAGAAGAAGUAUGAGACUGAAUAUCACCAGGGCAAUGCCUCCUUCGGCAUGUCCGUCUUCAACCUGGGCAACGCCAUCAUGGGCAGUGGCAUCCUGGGUCUGUCCUAUGCUAUGGCCAACACUGGCAUCGCCCUCUUUGUGAUUCUCCUCGUGGCUGUUGCCAUCUUCUCCCUGUAUUCUGUCCACUUGCUGCUGAAGACGGCCAAUGAAGGAGGGGCACUUGUGUACGAGCAGCUGGGUUACAAAGCCUUCGGGUUGCCGGGGAAACUGGCCGCUUCCUUCUCCAUCACCAUGCAGAACAUCGGAGCCAUGUCGAGCUACCUCUAUAUCGUCAAAUACGAGCUGCCCAUCGUCAUUCAAACCUUUCUGGGAGAAACCAACGGGGAAUGGUACACCAACGGAGACUACCUGGUGCUGCUGGUGACGCUCUUCAUUAUCCUGCCACUCUCGCUGCUCCGGAACCUGGGUUACCUUGGUUACACAAGUGGUCUGUCCCUGCUGUGCAUGGUGUUUUUCCUGAUUGUGGUGAUCAUCAAGAAGUUCCAGAUCCCAUGCCCGCUGCCCGACGAUUUACACGCUGUGAACGAGACCAUGAGCAAAGUGCUGAACGCCACCUUGUCCCAGCUGAACGCCACCGCCGUGGACUACAGCGAGGACACCUGCAAGCCAAAGUACUUUGUCUUCAACUCCCAGACUGUCUAUGCUGUUCCCAUCCUGACCUUCGCCUUUGUGUGCCACCCGGCCAUCCUGCCGAUGUACGAGGAGCUGAAAGACCGUUCCCGUGGAAAGAUGCAGGGCGUUGCCAACGUGUCCUUCCUGGCCAUGUUCAUCAUGUACCUGCUUGCCGCCCUCUUUGGAUAUCUGACAUUCAACAUCCACGUGGAGCCCGAGCUGCUGCACACCUACUCCAAAUUCUUCAAGUCUGACGUGAUCCUGCUGAUUGUCCGCCUGGCGGUGCUGACCGCCGUCACCCUCACCGUGCCCGUGGUCCUCUUCCCCAUUCGUACCUCCAUCAACCAGCACCUUUCCAGCUCCAAGGAGUUCAGCUGGAUCCGCCACACCAUCAUCACCAUCGUCCUGCUGGCCAGCACCAACGCCCUGGUCAUCUUCGUCCCCACCAUCCGAGACAUCUUCGGCUUCAUCGGCGCGUCCGCCGCCGCCAUGCUCAUCUUCAUCCUGCCCUCGGCUUUCUACAUCAAACUGGUCAAGAAGGAGUCCAUGAAGUCGGUGCAAAAGAUCGGGGCCACCGCCUUCCUCCUGUGCGGCCUCUUCGUCAUGAUCGGCAGCAUGACCCUCAUUAUCAUGGACUGGAUCCACAACGCCACGGCCGUCCCGGACACACCGGCCAACGGACACUAAAGGCCCACACACAUUCUCCUUGCUGCAGCCUGCCGGGAGGACGGAGGGCGCCGCAACCAACCACGCAACAGACUAAGAUCAAAAACCCUAUUGUAAAGAAAGAAAGAAAACACAAGAACUCACUUGAUGCUCGGCUUCGACUUCCCGGGCCAACGGACCAUUGCCAUUCCAAGAGAAUGUAUUCAAACUUUGUACAGUAUACUGUUAUAGGCCACACGGAUGGCGUUCUACUUGUUUAUUUGUCUUUCUUUUUAUCGUAGCUUUUUUUCCCAUUGUCGUUUUUGCUCAUUUUUAUUCUCAUGUUUUGGGGUUGUUUUUCUGUAGUCAUUGGUACAGCUGGCAACAAAUAUUUGAAGGUGCCUCAAAACAGAGAUGCUAGUCUCGAGGGUUCAAAAUGCAGCUCGCGCUCAGGUACGGUGUCAUGUGUGCGCACGAGUGUGGCUGUGACCUCAGGGCUCGGCGCCAACGACAGCAAGGUCUUGCCGAGAGAGGUGCGAGCAUCUCCCGGAGAUUGACAAGAGGCGACGGACUUGAAAGUGUAUCAUCCUCCUCAAGGACAAUCAAGUUCCUUCCAACGUUUGUUUGUUUCUUUCUUUCUUUUUUCUUCCCCCACCCCUUUUCUUGUUUUUUUUACUUUGCCAAAAAGUGUAUUUGUAUAGCAUCUUUGUAUAUUGAAAGCACUUACCGUUCAGCACACUUAUGAAAAAACGAAACGAAACAACAACAAAUUACUCAGUUUUUCACAGGCGAGGCCUGUCGCACCACCUGUCCAGUGUUCGUACCGAAGCUUUUGUGACCUUGCUUUGUAGCGUCAGCUUUCCUUGUAAAACGUAGUACAAGACAACACAACCUGCCUUUUUUUCGAAACCCAACACUGGGAGCUGCGGAGUGUCUCACAAGAGGAGGAGUCUCAAACUGUAUGUUAAAAACCUGCUGAAGAUUUCGUUGGGACAGCGUGCGCGGCGAUGACACUACUGCUCGGAGGCCGCCGAGCCUUCGGUUCCGACCCCCUGCUCCCCUCCCGUUCAGGGGCGGUGGCGGUGGGGGGGUAAACUGAUUUUUUUUGUUUUUAUGGGAGAAUACCUUGAAUCUGACCACAUGCAGUGGUUGUAAUGUACCUGUUACACUUGCAAAAAAAACUACAAAAACAACAAAACCCUAAAACCUAAAGUCCGGCGUGCUCUUCAACACCGACAACCAAAACAUGUUAAAAGAAAGGUUGUUUUUGUGUGUUUUUCGGUGUGGUCGCACAGUUUCCUGCUUUCGAAAAUGUUUCACACUGAAGAACUUGAAAGCCCGACGGGGACUCGCCGUCGUGGGCCUGUCCCGUGACGGCACACUGUGCUUCCGACACUAACUUAACACAUAACCAAACUGUUAUUGUCCAACAUCUAUUUAUGGAAAAACCGUGAAAUCAAUGUAAUUUAAUCUAUUUUACUAUAUUUAUAUAAUAUUGUAUGUAUAUAUAUGUGUAUAUAUAUAUAUAUCUCUCUCUACCGAGUUGAACUGUAUAUAUGUUUUGUUGUAACUUUUUUUUCUUCUUUUUUUUUUUUUUUAAAAACAAAGAACGAAUUGGAGCUGUAAAACUAACAUGAAAGAAAACCCAAGCUGGUGAAUUUGCGAUAUUUAAUUUGCUUUGAUACAACGGUGCCUAUGCCGUUCAUCUCAGUUAAGACUGACUGAAUAAUUCUGGAUCAUCCUGCUGUGUUGAGUCUGUGAAAACUGUUACAUGUGGAAAACCACAAAGAGAUGGGGCGGCAGCAGUCUUUUCUUUCUCUGUUUUGGCCCCUUUGAACACGCAAACCUGUAUUAGCAAAGUGUUCUGCACGCCCGUCUCGGGUUCAGGGAGCGCGUCACUCAUCUCUUGGCCUAAGGAGCAGAGAGGGCUUUGUCCACCAGUGUUACACUCUUGUUUCAAUGAAACACUAUGUACAUCCUGUAAUUAAUGUCCAAUUAAAAUCAAAGAUAAUCUAUA